AUGCGUUCUCAACUCUCGAUCACGCUUUUCUCUCUUCUCACCACAGCUUUCGCGAGCACCGGUGUGCUUCUCCCGCUCUAUGUCUAUCCCAAUGACGGAUGCAAUGCGUGGGAACCCGUCUUUGAAGCAAUAACUUCCUUCCCCUCUCUCCUCUUCACCGUCAUUAUCAACCCCUCCAGUGGUCCUGGCACUGGAGACUCCACGUAUGACUCAUGCAUCUCUACCCUCAAAACCACUGGGAGCAAUGUUGUAGUUGUGGGCUACGUCUCAACCUCAUAUGGUAAUAGGGCACAGUCUGACGUCGAGGCCGACGUGAGUACCUAUGCCGGCUGGGCAGAGGCGUAUAGGCCAUCAGGAAUAUUCUUCGAUGAGGGCAGUACGGAGGCAUCGGACGUGUCCUUGUAUCAGACCUACGCCUCUGCCGCACGAUCUGCCCUGGGGAACACUGCCACGGUAGUCUUGAACCCCGGAACGACUACAGAUGAAGGUUAUUUCUCGUUUUCGGAUUUGAUUGUCACCGCAGAAGAUUAUUACUCCAACUUUGCGCCUGUAAUCUUGCAUGACGCUCCUUCGCCGUCCUCCCUGCCGAGCGGAUUUUUGUCCGACCUUACUGGGGAAGGGAUUGACGCGGUGUUCAUCACUGAUGAGGACAACAACAACGCAUAUUCCGUCAUCUCCAGUACCUGGCUGGAGUUCUGUGGAGAUUUGGCAGAUGCGCAGUGA